CAAUUUUGACAUAAACAAGCGACGUUCAUAAACAUACUCUUCAAAAAUGUAAAACCAAAAAUAUUUGUUAUUGUUAUCAGUUUCAUUUAUAACAUUACAAAAUCAGUGAAGUUUAUGUUGUGUAAUUGAGUUAUUUAUCCCUAAUGACCUUCCUAUUCCAAUAAUGUUAUACAAACCUUAAAUUUAUGUAGUAACUUAAUUAUUUUCAAACGGAUGUAACACAUUUUGAACGGUGUUUCUUCGCCAUCGCGCAAUCGGAACAUUAUAGCAAAUUUAGUUUUCCUUUAUCAAAUCAUAAUAUCUGGUAGAAUUUACUCAAGGACAUUCAAUUAGCAAAAUAAUAUAAUUCAAUGUAGUGGCGAUAAGGGCAAAGUAGCUCCACUGACAUGGAGGACGAAGUCGAGGAAUGCGUUCGAAAGAAAAUACAAUGGGCUAAGCUGCCAGCAAACGUUAAAAAGCUGCUAGGGGAUUCCAGCAAGGAGUAUGAGAGAUAUAUAUUUGAAUUCAGUAUUAAAAAUCAACUCCGGUACAGGGGAAGUCUUGUGCGGACAGUCCAGAAAGAUGAAAGGAAAUAUUACGAGACCCUUGUGCACAGCAGCAUUCAGAGGCUCAUGCUGUACCCCUACCAUCUGGCCGAUAUGAUUGUCAAAGGUCUGCGGAUAACCCCGUUCAUCUACUACGUGGAGGUGGUGGCGCUGCUCAUCGAGCUGGAGAAGAGCUACGACACCAUGCCCAACUUCACGGCUGCCGAUUGUCUUCGCUUACUAGGCAUCGGCCGCAACGAAUACCUCGAGCUUGUCGCCAAGUCGCGCUCCCUCGGCCGCCGCGGGCGCUCCAAGGCCAUUAGGGCGUUACUGCCACGGGUACCACUCAACAUUCCCAUGCAGCCGUGGUGGCGGAUCGAGCUUGGCUAUGUGUUAGAAGCCGAUGUCAAGCCGCUCAGCGACCAGGAACGGGAGCUGAUCGAUCUGCUGAUCGACCGCGGUUCUCAAACUGCCGGCACUCUCGACUACAACACCGUUAAGACCUUGUACAGGCGCGGUCUGAUUUACCUGGAUGUACCGAUCACGGCCGAAGACCGGGUUUCCGUCCCGCCUUUAAAAGGGUUCGUCAUGAACCGCGUCGCUGGAGAUUACUUCGAGACGUUAUUAUACAAGGUGUUCGUCUCCAUUGACGAACAUACCACGGUUGCUGAGCUAGCGGCAGUGUUACAGGUUGAAUGCGGCCUAGUGAAGCAAGCGGUGUCCCUUUACUGCCGGCUGGGGUUCGCGCAGCACUUGCAACCGCCGCGGGUCCCCAACCCGCACGCCUCGUGGCGUACAGCGCACACACAACCUUUACACCCACAGUACAGCCAAAUAUCGCCGCUAACAUUUAACCCCAACAUGGAAGAGGAGGUAUUACAAAUGGAGCCCGUACUUAUGAAAGAACCGUCCACAUCCAAACAGAGCUGUCAAGACAUGAGCGAUAACUCCACCAACAUUGGCGUCAAGAGGGUGGCGCUGCUCUUCGACUCUACUUUAGCCGCCUACCUCAUGAUGGGAAACCUUUCACCGGAUCUCAAAACACAUGCUGUUACGUUAUUUGAAGUUGGAAAAAUAUGCGACGAAAGUUUGGAUAGUUUACUUAUGGAAUUAAAUAAGGUGGCAGGAGACCCUGAAAUCGAAGGCGAGGCGGCGCGCUACUUGGCGGCGGCGGCGUGCCUGCGGCGCACGCUGCGCAUCCUGCGGCCGCGCCUGCGCCCGCUCGACCUGCUGCGCUGCGAGGCGCUGCACGCGCUCGGCGCGCCGCAGCGCUCGCGCCUGCUGCAGCACAAGUACAGGCUAGCCGUGUCGACGGCGCCUCUAUGCCGCGAAGCCCGCGCCGGUUUGGCGGCAGGCGCGCUGCCCCACGUAGGCCCGGCCCCGCCCGAAGCCUCCACGCCGUGGAUGAGGCUGUACCUAUACCACGUUGCCGGCUACGGGCCGCCCACGCUGUUACUGAAGAAAGGCACGGUGGUCCGCAGCGUGCCGCGGCUGCUGCUGGGGUUCUCGCGGCUGGUGGUGGCGUGGUGGGGCGCGGAGGCGGCGCUGGACGGCGCGGGCGGCUGGGCGGGCGCGCUGCCGGCCGCCGCCGCGCUGCAGGCCGCCAACUCCGCGCUGCGCCGCGGACCCGUGCUGCUGCAGGCUGUCGGAGUCCGACAACCGGCGAAGCUAAGACAUGUCGUGUUCCCUCCGGAAGCCGACAAAUCUCCUGAGACUAGUGCUCUAUGGGCGCGGCAUGCGGGACUGAGACGGCUAGCGUCCCGGCUACGGCUGUCUCGCUCUGUCGGCUACGUCACACUAGCUGACAUAGGAGUUCCCGAUUUGGGCGCACGGCCGCCCCCUACCGUGCAACUCGUUGCGCCGCGCAAAAUGAAAGACGUGUGCGGCAUAGCGAAACCCAUAAGCGAAGUGUCGGUAUCGUCGACCGAGUCGGGCGACAAGUCGGACGACAAGCGGCUGCAGUCGCCGAUCGAGUCGCACUUCGCGGUCACCCCGUCCACAGACAGCAAGACUAGCUCGCCGGCGAAUGGCUUCACUACGGUGGAGGGUGGCCAGCUACUCCGCGAAGAGCUCGACAGCCUCGCGAUCGGCGAGACCACAAGAAGCAAAGAGUCCCUUCCUUCAAGCGACGACCUAGUCCCCAUACAUUCCUCCUCCACCAGCAUAGAAGACUUGAAGGACAGACCCAAAGAAUGGCGAAGCAAGGGGUCUAUCUCGGAUAUCCCUCGUUCUUCGAGCGCGGAUUUUAAUUUUGAGAAAGAGAAACAGUUGAAUGAGUUGUUGAGUCCGGCGGAGGAGUCGAUAUCGAUGUUCACGCAGUUGAGCGACAAGUUGACGGAGAUGGCGGAGGGCGAUAGCGGAGUUGACACGGCGCAUACUGACGAUGAAACUUGUAAACCAGAGAAAUGGACUAUACUUGAUCUCCAAUUUGGCAUUCCAUUGUUCGACGAGGUGCUGUGUGAGAAGAUAUGUAACUGUUUAGCUGACCGGAUAGCGGAACCAGAACUAUUGGAUAAAAUUAAGGAAGACAAUGAGUUCCUAUGCUCGGAUGUAUUAAAAUUUGUAUCACAAUGUCAAUACUACCCGGGGGAAGACAUGGGCAUAGUGAAGCGAGGCACCCUGGUCCCCUUGCCGCGGAAAAACCUGGCGUUUGAAAACGGCCGCAUCAGCGAGUGGAGCGGGAAAUGACGCCCUCUCGCUCACACUCGCCUAUUCCCCGUAACCACGCCGCUGUGCGAAAGAGGCCGUCGUAUAUUGGUAUAUUAAGUUUAGAUUGCGUAUUCGAUGUCCGUCUGCAGUGCUGAUGAAUAUGUCGACUGUUUAUUGUAUUAAGAGCAACAUAAGUACCUAGCUGACCAUUGGCAUAGAGAAAUAAGUUUUUGGAAAAAAUUACAUUUUUGGUACAAGCUUUUAUCGCUGACUGUACUUUUCUUACGACAGACAACUAAUACUCAUCGAGACAAUUCUAAAAACGCCUAACACAAUUAGGUUGCCUUGUUUCAUCAGAGAGUUCCUAUGGCCACCUCCUGUCUCCAUCAUCAGAUCGGUUCGACAGUACCAUAUUAUUGUAUUGUCAUCAGAACUACAUACAGCUGCCAAUUUUCAUAACGCUACGAUCCUUGGAAGAUGGUUAAAUUAGUUACCUUAGAUUCCAUUACAUAAUUAGUUACAUACAGGUCGACCUAAUAAAAGCUUGUUAAAAAAUACACCGACCGGAAAGUCUAAUGCCCAACAACAUAAGACUUUCCGGUCGGUGCUACAUCUAUUGUCAAUUAGCAGUACUGAUAAUUCCGCUACUCGAUGCUAGAUGUCGACUAUGAAAAUAAUAGUCUUUUUGGUACCAAAACUGAUUUAUGGAGUGAGCACUCUUGUCUUACUAUAUUUAUACAGGGUGAUUUCGGGGUCGUGGAGCAAGAGAGCCAGACAUCAUACAGAAUCCAAAGAUGAGCCUAAUGAUGUUGUUAAUUAUUGUUUAUCACCAAUAAUGAUGAUUAUUUUCCAGAUGGCAAGUAGGAAAAAACAUUUUUGCAUACAAUUUGGUGACCCUACUCAAUGUGACGUCUUGUCGCUUUCCAUACAGCGUAUGUCAAAAGUCAUAGGGUGACCAUAAUUACUUAGUAUAACAUUAAUUUUACUUGAAAAAUAAGAAUAAUUAAAGUAAUUAUCUUUUAAUCAAAUACUACCAUAUGAUAAUGUGGAUCAUUUACAGAGUCAGAAAAUGUGGUUCUGGGUCACGACCCCGAAAUCACCCUGUAUAUGCCAUUGGUAGACAUUAUAAGGCUGGUUUUAGUGUCACGCGGACCGUCGGCCCGCACCGCCAGAUUGUAUGACAAAGCUGUCCGCGCGGACUCGUCAGCAUUACCCCGGCUACUCACGUAACGAUAAAUUGCGAUAUGUCCGUGUGUAUGUCAAUUAUCGUAACGAUUUGUCAUACACACGGUUCGAUUUAUCUGCACAGUCGGACAGCACAGUUUUAUCGCAACGAUUUAUCGUUACGUGAGUAGCCGGGGUUACUCUGUAACUCUCCCUGAACUUAAAGAUGGCCACUGACGAGCCGUCCAACAGUCCAAAUAGCGUGGCUGCAAUCCAAAAUCGGUCCGUGAAUGUCAAAAACGUACAAUGUUUAAUAUUAGGAUGCCGUCCAUUUGGAUGAAUCCAUUGUAACGGCAUCCAUUUGCCCAGCAAACAUUUUAAGUAUUUUUUCCUAGGCUCGAAGAAGAUUUUUCCAAUUUAAGUGAAAAUGACGUCCUAAGUCACCAAUUAUUUUACGUAUUGUACACUUUUACUUCCAAGUCAAAAUAUAGGGAUAAUAAAACGUAAAUUUCACUUCAUAAAUACACCAUGAAGUCAGGGACUUAGGGGUUGAAAAUAAGGCAAAAUAUUAGGUAAAAUUAACCUUAAACCCUGACCAAUAGGUCAAAUGUACUAAUAAGGUAUUUUAGGUGUAUUUGCGACGUAAUUAUUACUUAUACGGGGACUAUGAAGUCACGGACUUAAUGGUUGAAAAUAAGUCCUAUUACUAGGUAAAAUUAACUUCGUACCCUGACCAAUAGGUCAAAUAUACUAUUAAGGCCUUUUAGGUGUAUAUGCGACGUAAUUAUUUCUUAUACGGAGACCAUGAAGUCAGGGACUUUAUGGUUGAAAAUCUGUCGAAAUAUUAGGUAAUAUUAACUUCGAACCCUGACCAAUAGGUCAAAUGUACUAAUAAGGCAUUUUAGGUGUAUAUGCGACGUAAUUAUUUCUUAUACGGGGACCAUGAAGUCAGGGACUUAAUGGUUGAAAAUAAGUCGAAAUAUUAGGUAAAAUUAACUGCAAAGUCUGACCAAUAGGUCAAAUGUACUAAUAAGACAUUUUAGGUGUAUUUGCGACGUAAUUAUUUCUUAUACGGAGACCUUUAGGUCGUCGAUUUUAUGUCGAUUUAGCUACUAAUUUUAGGUAAAUGUUACUUAAAAUAGAUACCAAAUUGCGACCAUAUAGUUAAAAUCACUUGUAAAGCACUAUCAAUACCAUAAGGUUGUGCCGCCAUUUUCUUUCAUUAUAACGAGAUGCUAAAUAUGAAAUUGCAUAACUUAAGUUGUUAUAUCUUGAAUGGUGCCAUCGCACGGUACUUCAUUGUGCUAAUAUUCAAAAUAAAACAAUAUUUUUGAUCAAGUCAAUACACUCACACACACAAAUAUUCAAUUACAACACUCAAUUACAAGCAAAUAUAUGCAUUUUGAUUUUAUAAAAUGUUGAAAACUUAAAUAUUUCAAAAGCCCAUCGAUAGUUUUGUAUGUAAACCUAACAUACUGCACGAAAAAAUUUUCUGUGCACUAGAUUUCAUCGUUCUUCAUCAGCGUAAUCGGCCUAAAUUAUUUUACAUGACUUAGUGGCCGCCAUUAUCAUUGCACAACUUAAAGUUGUUUUCUUGUUAGACAUUUUGUUUCUGAGUGAAAAGAAUAUAUAAGCGUAAAAUGUUUGUGUCUCUUUUUCUCUUCAUCGCGUCUCAUCUAAAUAUUGCCUCGCAGAGUAAUUAUAUGGAUAAAAAUAUGUCGCCAUCACGUCUAAAGGUGGUAAAUAAUACCAAAUUAGUACAUUUUCACUACGCGGCACGUCGUGGCGACGUCGAAUCCACAUCGGAAACAUGACCUAGUGUUGACCUAAUGGUUGUAAUCACUAAUUUACCGUCAAUAAAUACGUCGCCGGCACGUGCGUUUUUUCCCCAUUUAUGUCGCCGGCACGUGCCCACGACGUCGAUUCGACGUGCCUCAUUUUGGUCUCCUAAAUUGUGCGACCUAAAAUAGGUGCCUUUUUCGGAAUAUCGACCAAAAAUGUUUGCUGGGUGGAAGGCUCGUCAGUGGCCUGCUUUAUACAUAUCGGUCCGGUGCGGAGCGAUCCGCACG